UUGUACAUUUUGGUUAAUUUUGGUUGUCCUAGAAAAUGACCUUUAAAAAAUCUUAAUGAUAUGAGACCCUUAUAUAAAAGCUAGCACAACUGGGAAAUCAUAGAUAACAUAUUGUCUCUAUGGCAUAGUAAGGUGAAUAUAUUGUUUUUUGCCAAGAGCAGAGAGUUAAGUGGUGUAAACAGUGCUCUGAUUACAGUCCUGAGUCAGUGUACAUUUACACAUUUGUUGGAGAAUAUUCUACAGAAAUAUCCAAGUUUAGCUGUUAUUUCUGAGAAUAUUAUAUUAGCUCUGAAUGAAGACUACCUAUCAAAAUACAGCGAUGUAAAUUUACAAGAGGGUGAUGAAAUAGCAGUGAUACCACCAAUAAGUGGAGGGUAAUUAAAAUGGAAAAUCAUGUAGAAAUAAGAGAGAACAAACUAGAUCUUGAAAAAAUAACCAGAACUGUAACAUCACCCAGCUGUGGAGCUGUUUCUGUCUUUAUAGGAACUACAAGAGAUAAUUUUGAUGGCAAGAGAGUGAAAACAUUAGAAUAUGAAGCUUACAUUCCUAUGGCAAAAAAGAAAAUGUCAGAAGUUUGUCAACAGAUUAGAGAUAAAUGGGAAGUGGAAAACAUUGCUAUGGAACAUAGAAUAGGACUUGUUCCAGUAACCGAGGCCAGUAUCAUUAUAGCCAUAUCAUCACCACAUAGAAAAGAAAGUCUAGAAGCUGUUCAAUAUGCUAUAGAUACUGUUAAGGCUAUUGUUCCUGUUUGGAAAAAGGAAAUAUAUGAAGAUGAAUCGUCCCAGUGGAAAGAAAAUAAAGAAUGUUACUGGAAGUCCUCCUGACCAAUGUGUCCAUUGUGUUAAUAACUAGUUAUAUUAGAAAGAUUAAUAUAUAACUGACAGAAGAGUAAUAUUUGUUUAAUUUCUGAUACUCGUGACACUAUGAUUUGAUAAAUAUAUGUUUUUAUGACUUGAACAUAUUGAUGAGAGAAAAUUGGCUAGAUAAGGAUCAAACCUUUCAUAUUUCAUCAAAAUACCAUUUUAUAUCCUUUCAAGGACGUAUAACUAACAUACGUCCUUGAUCCUUUCAAUUUCAAUUUUAUUUUUUACAAAAGAAAUUAUCUUCUGUUUGUUUGUGAAAUCACAUGAGUUGUAAAUAUGAUAUCUGAAACAUGCAUGCUCAAGGAUGUUGUGAUUUAAUGAAAUAGUAAAUUAAAUACUUUUUAAACAAUCGAUACUACAAUAUUCCAGACUUCUAUUUUAUUACUAAUUCUGGUUAAAAUUUUCCAGAAGAUGAUUUAAGAUUAUCUUAUAAGUAAAGUGUUUAAAGAAUAAUCAUUGUGAAUGAAAAAUAUUAGUUCAUUAAUGAAUUUCAUUUAUGAAUUUAAUUUAUUAAUAAUCUAUUUGCGAUUAAUGUUA